UAUUUUUCCCUUUCAGGUGAGAUGUCUGAAAAGUUAAGUAGGUGCCGUAAGGAGCUAGCAGCAGCUAUUGAUCGAGCAAUGGAAGAUCUCUCCAUUCCUUUCCUUCCUUCCCAAGAUACCAGCAACAACCAGGACUCUGAUUUGCCAAUAGUGCAGCUUUCUACACCCCCUAAUGCAAAUAUCUUUAAUUCUAAGGGAGAGGUAAUAUCUCCUACUGUAUAUUGCCCCCAGCCAUCUUCAGCAGUUUCUUCUCCUCCUGAAAAAGAGAAUCCCCUCCUUAGGUCAAAUCUCUUUCCAGUGACGGUAACCUCCAGUAUUCCAUGUACCAAACGGGAACCAUUGAUGAGCAAGGAAAAUACAUGGUUGCACCCACCAAUUUUUAUGGCUGACAAGCAGUAUUUUAUCAGCCUGCAAGACAGUGAGAGAUGGAAGAAAGGACAAGUAAGCAAAACUGAUGAACGAUCCAUGAAGUCAGAAACAAACAUAAUUUCCUGUGAUGUUCCUCCAGAGAAUCCAAAAGAUCAGGAAGAUAUGUCUGCUGGUAAGCAUUCUCUCCUCUGUUCCAUACAUCUUUUUAAAUUGUUCAUUAGCUUUUCACAAACCUGCAAGCCCUCAAAAUAUAUCUCAUCCAUAUUUGAAAUAGCAAACACUUACAACAGAUCCUUUUAUGCACUUUUUUUUUCUGUAGACGAAGCCUCAGCUGUCCAUCUGGGUGAGAGGAACAAUUUCAGAAAGGUCCUAGAACACAGCCCAGAAGAUGAAGCUAUCAUUGAAACCUUGUUGGAUAUGGAAGAAGAAUACAGAUUGAACAGCUCCACCUUGCACCAGCUGCACUAAGCAGGUGGUAUAAAGUGUGAGCUAUUUUACAAUUUGGUAGUAACAUUUUUAAACCAUGCAAGCAAUCCUGACCUUUGCCAGAUACACAAUUAAAGAAACCAACUUAUAAUAUUGCAUGGAGUUUCUUUUUUCUUCUCUGUAGGGUAAUGAACUGUAGUUAAAUCAAAUGCUACUGCUUUUGCUUUGCCCUUCAAUGUAUGUUUCCAUUGCAAAAAAGAUACUGCAUAUAAGCCAGCUUGUGACAUAGUGAUUUAAGUCAUGAUUACUUGCAAAUUUUUGCCAAGCACCAGGUGCACAUGUUUUUAAACCAGAAAAAAACAGAUGUGAAUCAUGGGAUGAAUUUCACAGAAGGAAACAGAACAGAGAACCCACUAAUAACAAAAUGUGGUGGUGGAACAAAAUAUCUAUUUCUUAUAUCUGAAGAUUCAUUUAAUGGUAGGAUCUUGUGCAUCUAGAGUUGAUGGUUUAUGCCAUAGUUUUCUGUGGGGAAGCAAGCUACACACCUGCUUUCAUGUCAAACAGGAAAGGAGGAAAAGAAAUGUGUAAUCCAUUGUGAUUGUAAAUGUAUAGUUUAAACGAACAACCCUCCACCCUCCAAAUUGCCUAAAAAAUUUAUUUGGAAUGAAAUUACAGAAUUUGGUGAGUUUUUAGCUUUCACAUAUUAUCAUAGCCUUUUUAGGGAUAAAAUACUGUUAUUGACCAUUGAAGAAACAGCAGGCAGCAGGGUAUUCUUUAUCAGAUGAUGAUGAUUGUAAAAAGUAUUUAUGUACUUAAUCUAUUUUGUCUUUGCCAAAAAUAGACAUAUUUUCAGCAAUUCAAAUAAGCUCCACUUUUUAAGAAACAUAAACAAAUACCAGCAUAAUUUAACUGGAAACAUUGUUACAUUAAAAAUAUGUCCACAAGUGAACCAGUGAAUGUUUACACGAAUACAUAAUUCUAGUGUUAUCCAUAUCCAGAAUAGAAAAAGGCCAUUUUUUUACUUAAUUUUCUAUGGCAUAAAGAAUUCUGCAUAUAGUCCAUUACCUAUAGUUUGGUUUCUAGCUCGAUUAUUGGCAUCUGCUGCAAUUGACUCCUUGUGACCUGCC